AUGCCUAACAAGGAUGGUAUCAGUCAUUGUAUGUCUGGUUUUUUACAAGGCAAACAUCAAGGAAAAUCCCAGCUGAACAAAUCACCAGCAAUACCAGCAACCACAAAUUUAACCAAAGAAGUUAUUUAUACGCUCAAGCAAGCAUGGCGAUCAGCCAGGAAAGGCGAUAAGAAGAAAGCAACCAAAUUAUUCGUCUACGCUAUACGCAUGGCGCCACGUCAUCCUGAUGUAUUAAAUAAUUAUGGUGAAUUCUUAGAACAUGAAGAUGUCAUUCAAGCUGAAUACUAUUAUACAGCAGCAUUAUCUCAUUAUCCAUAUCAUCAAUUGGCUUUAUCCAAUCGAAAAAGAACACUACCAUUAGUUCAACAAAUUGAUCGCGAUCGAUUAGCACGUAUAGCCGCUAAACGUAGUAAAUUUUAUGCUCUUCCAUUAACUGAUCCAGCCUUGAUAAGGAUGAAACGAGAAAGUUAUUAUCAACAUGUCUACCAUACUGUAGCAAUUGAAGGCAAUACCAUGAAUUUACAAAUGACUAGGGCUGUUAUCGAAAAUCGUAUCGCUAUUGGUGGUAAAAGUGUCAUGGAACAUAACGAAAUUAUCGGUAUGGACGAAGCUCUUAGUUAUAUCAAUACCACAUUAAUCAAUAAGGCUGGACUACUCGAUGUUCAAGAUAUCCUACAAAUUCAUCGACGUGUUUACGGCUUUAGCGAUCCUUUUGAAGCCGGUAACUAUCGUAAUAGCCAAGUCUACAUUGCCGAUCAUGUGCCACCACCUCCUGGUCAAGUAGCGGCCAAAAUGACAGAAUUUGAUAAUUGGUUGAAAUCCAGUGAAGCAAGGCAAUUACAUCCAAUUGAAUUAGCAGCCUUAGCUCAUUAUAAAUUAGUUCAUAUUCAUCCAUUUGUGGAUGGAAACGGCAGAACUGCGCGAUUAUUCAUGAACUGUAUAUUGAUGCGAGCAGGUUUCCCUCCCAUAAUUAUUCGUGUUCACGAUCGAUUCCAUUAUUAUCAAUAUCUGUCACAAGCGAAUGAUGGCGACGUAAGACCAUUUAUGCGCUUUAUUGCUGAUACGACCGAAUUUACUUUAGAUGAAUACCUAAAUUAUACAUCUGUACCUGCUAUUAUUGAAUUAAAUAAUGCUCGCCGUAAGAAGAAUGAUGAUGUUAAUACUGAUGUUACAAUUUCCAAAGAAUCAACCCCCAAAGGCGAUGAUAAAAAAUAA